AAACUGGGGAAAUAUGAAUGUCCCUUCCCCAGAAGACAUGACAAAAAGUACAAGCUGAAAUGUACUAAAACAUCAAAAUUUACUGGCAAUUAUAAAGAAUUGUUUUGAAAACUUCUUACAAUUAAAAAGCUGCACAGAUAAUAGUUCCCCUCUUAACUUUGAUCAACAAACAGUUCUUGAAAAUAACCUUCUUGACAUUAUGUUGCUGUUGUCGUUCAUACUCCCUUAGUUGUACCUGACAACUCCGCUCUAGACAUUUGGAAAAUCUACUUUAGUUCAGCAACAAAGUGGGCCUACCUCCUUAGAGGUUGAAGUAGUAGAGGCGUAGUUUCUGCUAUGAAUUGCAAACGAUUGAAACGUAUUUCGAAACAGGACCAGGUGUCACCCAGCUGUGAAAAAACGUAUCGUGAGAAAGGCUCACGUUCGCAAUGUGACUGACAACAUGAAUGAACAUCUGCUUCGCUUCUGAGCUCUGUGAUUUGUUUUCUUUCUUCUUUUCUGCGCAGCACCUGAUGUUUAGCUCCGUAACAGUAUGGGAGGUAACCAAGUAAACAGAUGGGUUGAGUCAGACAUUCUUCAAUUUGGAGCCAUUGGCAUGGAAACAGUGAACUGUCACGCCAAUCUUUCAAGCAAGUCGUAAACUAUCCAGUUCGACACAUUGAGAUUAAAGUUUGUGCUUUUACUAAAUGAAAUAUUUUGAGCAUCGUAGGAACAAUAACACGUCUGUUCUCUUCAUUGCACCCAUCAUCCAUCUUUUCUCCUCGUUGAAGGAACUGCUAAUGAGUGUUUAAGUUGACGGGGUUCCUCCACGGCCACUCUCUUUGUUGCCUCCUCCCCCUCUCCCUCACUCCUUGCACAUCUUGCGCACGAUCAACGCACCGCAGUCUCCGAAGAAAAAUUCAGGCUCGAGAUCGCAGCCCGUCACGCUUUUUGCAACUUUUGCGCCAGACUUUGGAUGGCCCCGUGCAACUGAAGGCCGCCUGUUGUGUGUUUUUCUCACGCAGCCAUGAAGAGUCCAGGGCACAUUUUGAUCUCUGUCUUGUUCAUGCUUCUUCUUGCGGCACACUCUCUUGCACAAAACGCACCAGAGUGUUUCCCAGGAGGCCAUCGCACACUGCGAAACCCCUACCGGAGCGUCGACUUUGACUCCACUGAGAUCCAGAAUACAGCCAUCCAGGAGCUGGUCUGUGACCACUCGCUGGCACCGGGCUGGUACCGAUUCAAGAUUGACAACAAGCCGGCGGAGAUGCCAACCACCUGCGUAGAGAUGAAUCGAUGCGGGACGCAGGCGCCCGUGUGGCUCUCACUGAAAGGCAAAUCCUUACCGAGGCCUGGCGAGGUGCUCCAGUUGUCUGCCUGUGCCACCUGGCAGUUCUUUCAUGGCAGCACCAAAGACUGCUGCCUCUUCCGCAUUCCCAUCACGAUUCGCAACUGUGGCAACUUCUUGCUCUACUAUCUGCAGCCCACUCAAGGAUGCAUGGGAUACUGCGCGCAAGUUGCUCCAACUCUGGCACCUGGAUUCUGCCCACCGGGUGAGGUGGAGGUCAACGGUCGUUGUAAAGCCGCGCUUCCGUCGUUGCAGUCUCGGCCCAUCAUCAGCUCAGAGCUAAUCGGCUACAGCAUCCAUUUGAAGUGCUCCUUCAUCCCACCGGUAUCCAGUCACCUGCUCGGCUUCCAUGUGGUUUGGGCACGGCACAUCGACCACAGCAUGAAGGCCGAAAUCCAAAUCCACCAAGAGUCCACAUUGAAGACCUUCUCGCUGCUGGAGAUAGACGGCGUUCACUUCAGACUCGGAGAGACGUUCUCGUGCAGCGUGUCCACAUUCCGAGUCAAUGUCAACCACAGUCGAUCUUCUGCUCGGAAGAGUGAGGCCUUCUACGCUGGGCUGAAGUUUUCUGUGGAGUCGCUCCACAUAGCAGAGAAUGGCGAGGAGCAUGAGGUCAGAAUCCACAGCACUGUGCCUCUCCCCUGCUACGGCUUCACCCGGUGCGGAGUCCCCCUGGUGUUGGGUGUGCACGAACCAGAUGGCCUCGGACACGAGGUCUCCAAUGUGGUGCUGUCUGCCUGCCAGGUGCAGCUCCGUCCGACUGCAUGUAGUGAGGGAAGCUGCGGCCAGGCGUCAUUCUUCAUCACCGCCGUCACUGACUUCAUGCGUGAUGGAAACCGGAUCAGUUUGAUCAGCCCCCUGCCUGAAAACAGCACAUCGCACGUGUGGAGUAGCUACACUCCAAUAUCACUGAAAGUCAUAGUUCAGGAUGUUCCCACUUCUGUCUGCUACUCACUGACAGACCCACAUGUCAUUACGCUGGAUGGCAGGCACUAUGACAACCACCAGACUGGCACGUUUGUGCUGUACCGGAGCCUCGCGAGGGACUUUGAGGUCCAUACCCGGCAGUGGGACUGCGGCAGCCGACAUUACGCCGUGGCUUGCAGCUGUGGCAUUGCGGCGCGAGAGGGUAAUGAUGUGGCCACCGUUGACAUGUGCAAUGGCCAACAGCAGGAAACGAGGCCAAAGCUCACUGUGAAAGGCCUCGACAGAGAACACAACGGCAGCCGCCGUGUCCGCGUUUCUCAUCAUGGGAAGAAGAUCACUAUUGCCUUUCCCUCUGGGGCCUUUGUCCGGGCCGACGUUGACGACUGGGGGAUGAGCUUGUCUGUCCGGGCACCAAGUGUUGACUAUGGCAAGACGCAAGGCCUCUGUGGCACCUUUGAUCGCAAUAGCAACAAUGACAUCCAUGGCUACAAAGGCGUCCAUGAUGACUUGCAUGCAUUCAUAGAGGACUGGAGGAUAGCUCCUGGCGAGAGCUUAUUCGAUAAAACGCCCCCAGGUUCGAGACAAGAAGAAAUGAGACCUUUCUGUCAAUGCCAGAAAGGAUACAGUUCGCUUUCCUCCUCCGAUGAAGGAGUCGGGCAUAUGUCUGGUCUCCUCACUCACUCUGACUGCAUUGCACAGGAAAAUGUGGAUUAUACUACUCUGUUUCCCUCACUGGAUACGACAUUGGAAUAUGUCACGGGUCUCCAAAGAAAGGGAAUAAAUCUGAAUGUGUCCUCCAGUCAGCCCUUGGAGGGGCGGGGCCAUCAUUUCAGUGUGCACAAUGAUGAAGAAUUCGAAGAUGAUCAUUCGGGAUCUGAUGACAGACUCAUGAGACACAAAAUGUUCAAGUUCCAGUCGGCCUCUCAAAGCAUCAGCCAGGCUGACCUGGAGCACCUUGCCUACUUCUUCCCAGAGGAUCACCUCGUAAAAGCGGGACUACAAGUCCAACCUCGCUGGCCCACACCAAGCGGCCUGACCUCUGGCAAAGCACUGGAGGCGUGCCACACAGCUUUGUCCAAUUCCACAAUUGGCACUGUGUGCCGUGAGCUGUUGGGACGUCGCCUUGAAGAGGCUGUGAAUCUCUGCAUCCUGGACCUACAAUUAAAAGAUGACCUGGGAUGGGAUGAGGCAAUGCUACCAUACCUAGCGAACGAGUGUGAGCGGAAGCUGCUGGAAAACAGGGCCCAAAGAAACCACGGAGUGCUGGGUCACCCCGGAAGCCCAGAGGAGGUGGUGACAGCACUGCGCUGCCCCAAUUUCUGCAGCGGCAAUGGAGAGUGCACAGAAUUUGGCUGCCAGUGUCACCGAAGCUUCAGUUCAUAUGACUGCAGCGUGACCAUCGGCCAGCCGGUAGAGCUGAUUGGUCUGGAAAACGGCGGCCUAUGUGACCUCAGAACAUUUGACUGCCGGAAAGUACGGGUCUUCGGGUGGGGCUUUAUAGAGUCACCUGACCUGAGCUGCCAUGCAACCAGACUGAAGUAUGUGAAUGGCGUUUGGCUUCCAGGCGAAAAACAGAGAACAAGAGCCACUUUCCUCAGCUCCAAAGCCUUGGACUGUGACAUCCCCUCAUUGAGCAGUGAAGCCAUCAGCACAGAAGACUUUAUGAUGGAUGACAAACUGUAUGCACGUUGGGAGAUUAGGGUGACCAAUGAUGGCUCGCACUACAGUUUAGCCAUGGCACUGACAAUAUAUGACGGUAGUUGUCAGGUGUGCACAGAAUCUCACUCAGGAAUCUGUAAAUUAAAGGACCGGACGUGUAACAUUGACGGAAUGUGCUUUGCAGAAGGAGACACAAAUCCAGGAAGUCUGUGCCUGCUCUGCGACCCGGACACUUCAAAAUUUACCUGGUCGCUCAACCAAGUCAACCAGCCGCCCACCUUCCAUCAACCUCAGGGCGAGCUCCGUACAUUUGCCGGAGAGAACUUUGUCUUCCAGUUUGCCGCAUCAGACCCAGAGGGUUCAGCCCUGCUCUUUCAGCUCGUCACCGGACCAAAGGGUGCCAUCCUCUCACCUGCUGGGCUCCUUAUUUGGAGGGUCCCAUUACCUCCCGAUGACAAGUGGAUUCAGUCAACCAUUCACUUCACGCUAUCAGAUGAGUGCAAUGCCCAAAGCACUUUCAAGGUUCAGAUCCAUGUGGUCCCAUGCGGAUGUCAGAACAGCGGCACAUGUGUGACUGAUUUCACUUACCCUGCUGGCAGUGGAAAGUACCUUUGUGUAUGUCCUGACGGGAAAGAGGGUGCCCUCUGCCAUGAAGAUGUAGACAAAUGUUUGUCCGCACCUUGUGCAGUAGGAACGUGCAUUAACACUGGUGGUGGAUUUAGAUGCAACUGUCCUGAAGGGCUGACAGGUGCAACUUGCCAGGAAGAUAUAGACGAGUGUCAGCGGACACCAUGUUUCCCAGGCGUCCACUGUCUUAACAGUCAUGGUUCCUACAACUGUGGUCCUUGUCCCCAAGGCAUGCCGGGAAAUGGCACAAAAUGUCCUGUGGACAUGAGGCCAACCACCGUCACACCCAGAUUGGCUCCAGAAACGACUGUCCCCAAGGUUAAGGAAGUUUGGAUGCAGAGCACAACUGCAAUUCCCCCAAGAAUCCAGGUUGCCAAGAUUAUGCCAAGAGCAGAACCAUUUGGGCUGCCAGAGUCCCCACCCACAGCAUGGACGAGAAUUAGCCUAAGCGCUGUCCUGCAGAUUCAUACAACCAGCGGCACUUCCAAGAAUACAACCAGGAUAGCAACUGACCCAGUCAAGGCUCAUGAGAAGAAAACCACUGUGGUGCAGAACUCAGGAAAACCAGCUGCAGCAACAUGCACCAGCAGGCCUUGCUUCCCUGGGGUCCCAUGUAUCAACAGAAGGCCGCCGCAUGUCGGCUACGUUUGUGGCCGCUGCCCACCUGGCUUUCACGGCAAUGGGCGGAUCUGUAUGAAGAGUGGCAAGGCUGCAUCCAAUCACCUUUCACUUGAGCAGAAAGCAGGCCCAAAGAGUCGAUCUUCGCACAUUAGCAGCAAGGUGUCCAGCCCUCACUUACCCCCCGUACCUUCCAGAGACGGCACCAAACGCUUAUCUGUCACUAGAGAUGCCCCAUUACAUCGAGCUUCACCUUUAGGGAGGGGAGGUGGUACCGGAAGGCGGCAGGUGGACACUGUUGAUGCUGUUCGAUCAACAAUGAGUGCCAUUUGUACUGUUGCCAUCAACAGAGACAACGCGAUACCCUCCAAGGGGGUUGUGGCGCCCCACGUGACAGACCCAAAACCGUCUGAACAAGCUGCACCCUACAAAGUAACUCCAGCAUCUCCUCGCAUAAUCACUCAGCUUGGCCUUUUGGCAAAAUCCUUACAGACAAAACCUCCACUUCGCAACUACUUUGAGUCCAGGCCUUGGACGAGACCUGCACGGCCUCUUGGAGUUUUGUCUGGCUCCCUGCCCGAGUCCGAGUUAUGUGCAGACAGGGAAGCAGCCGUAUUGACCCUGACGACUCCCCGUCACACUCCACCUCUCCAGAGCACAUCUUCCAUCCAGGCACUGAUCAGUAAUCAUAUGACGGAAAAGGAACACAUCCUGUCAUGCGCUGACCAGCCAUGUUUUCCUGGUGUCCAGUGUGAUACAGCGUUGGACGGCAGUACCCGCUGUGGCCGCUGUCCUGUUGGUUUCACCGGUGAUGGAAGGAUGUGUCGAGCAAUUUGUGAACCGGAGUGUUUGAAUGGCGGGGCAUGUAUCGCUCCGGGGAUUUGUCAGUGUCCCACAGGCUUUCAUGGAGAGACUUGUCAGGAAGCUGUGUGCAGGGUCCCGUGUGAAAACGGAGGCACAUGCACAGGAUUGCAGACAUGCUCAUGUCCUUACGGUUUUGUUGGGCCGCGAUGCGAGACCAUGGUUUGCAGCCGCCACUGUCACAACAGUGGCCAGUGUGUCUCGCCAGAUGAGUGCAAGUGUCAGCCCGGUUGGAGUGGACCUUCCUGUGAGACUGCACUUUGCUCUCCAGUCUGCCUCAAUGGAGGUUUGUGCAUUCGGCCCGACAUCUGCGACUGUCCUCUGGGUUUCUACGGUGCCCAUUGUCAAAAUGCCAUCUGCACACCACCUUGCAAGAAUGGUGGUCUGUGCAUGAGGAAUAACGUCUGCUCAUGCCUGCAGGGAUACACCGGCACACGCUGUGAACAAAGCGUGUGCGAGCACAUGUGCAUAAAUGGUGGCCGUUGCGUUGGCCCCAAUGUUUGUGACUGUCCAUCAGGUUGGCGAGGAAAGAGCUGUGACAAACCCAGUUGCGAGCAACAGUGCCUGAAUGGGGCUGAGUGCGUUGGACCAAACACCUGUCACUGCACACCGGGCUGGGGUGGAAUGUUGUGCCACAUCCCUCAAUGUCAACAAAAGUGUUUGUACGGCAGCCGCUGUGUGAGGCCCAACGUGUGCGCAUGUCGCAGCAGAUUCUCAGGUGCUCUUUGCUCAAGGAAGCUGUCCAUCUAGAUUACGAGUCAAGGUUUUAGUGAUUCUGAGGUGUCAGCUAAUCAUCUUCAUCCUCGAAUCCAAUAUCUGAAGUAAAAUGAUCUGUGCUUCCAAGAAAGGGCUCCAUCCCAAGAAGGCAGCUAUCUCUUUGCUAGCAUGAUGUUGUGUAAUGCCCACCUAAAGUUGAUACCAUUUGGCCAACAUCACUUUUUUAUCCGAUUAUAUUUAAUUUAAAAGGGUCAAUAACAUUUCAUUGUUAAACUCGUCUUUCCAUGUAUUUAUUUGUUGUUGUGUACAUUAUAUAUCUUAACCAAGUAGAAUUUGUGAUGCCAUUGUGUAAUGCUUGUUUUAGAAAAAUACAAAUAAAGAAAGAAUAAUAAUA